AUCCCACGUGCCACUUUCUUUUCCUUCCACCGUUAAAAUCGCUAGCAACUUCUUCUUUCCCUUUCUCUCUUUCGUUCAUUCCUUUUCCUUACAAAAACAAAACCCUAAUUUCUAAAUUUCCACAUUUUUGAAUUUCAUUUCUUAAUCUCGCAUCAAUCUUUUCUAUUCUCACAGGUUGCGGUCGUAGCGGAGGAGGAAGCUAAUUCAGCGGUGGUGAAAAAUCUCGGUAAAUUCGACAUCUCAAAGAAGGUUUUGUUGUUUAAAGUAGUUGAAGGUUUGGGUCUGAUGAGAAUUAUUAGGGGAAUGCAGAGAUCGUUUUGUUGCGAGGAUCUGAAGAAAUCGUUCGAGAAAGGAAUUGGCAUCACUGCGCCCAAGGCAAGAGCACGCGAUAAACCGGUGGGAAUUAGGGUUUUGGGUCACUAAGAAGGUGCUGUUUAAAAAACGCCAUCGUUUUUGGUGGUGUCUUGUUCGGGAAGAUAAGUAGUUUACCAUGACUCGUAUCUAUGUUCAGCGUGGUUCAUCGGGUGGUGGUACUUCACAGAACCCUAACAAUCCUAACACUAAUCCUAACCCUAAUCGUGCUGGGUCUUCUUCGGCUCGACCAGAGCAGGUGACGCAGGUUCAAUUGGCUGCUAAGGAUGAGGAAAGUGGAGAGGAGGAACCUGGACUGGCUGUUGGUGAUGAGCUUUUGGAGUAUGCUGGGAGUGGGACUAGUAACAGGGUGAAGAGUGAUGGCUCUUUUAUGGAAAGUCUUCAUUUUGAGGAAAGUGAUACUCCAUUAGGCAAUGAAGUAUUGACUGAUCUUCCUGGGAAAGAUGUUAAAGAAGAGGUUGAGGGUUCUCAAGAAUCGAUAAGACUCGAAAGAUUGGUGAUAGAGAAUGAGGGCUUGUGUGAGGAUAAUCCUGUUAGUGUUGUUGGUGGUGGUGGUGGGAGUUCACAUCCUCCACCUCCACCUGUUCCACCUCCAAAGCCUUUGGCAACUAGCUUAAAUUCAAGAAGAAGUGCAUCAGGGUCUCCUAAUGCUGUUAAUGUAGGAUCACCAAGGAGAACAUCUGUGUGGCCUGUUGUUUCGGCUAGGACAUCACCUGCUGGGUCUCGACCUUCGUCUCCCAGGGCUCAUAAUGAAAGUGAGGGGUAUAAUAGUGCUGAUGAACAGAAUCCAUGCUAUGUGUCCUCUUAUGAUGAUGUAGAAAGAGAGCGACAGUUUGAAAUUGAUAUUAGGAGGGUAAAAGGCUAUGAAGUAAAAAGAAUGACAGAGGAUGGGAAUUGCCUUUUCCGUGCUGUUGCAGACCAAGUGUAUGGGGACUCAGAAUUGUAUGAUUUGGUCAGGCAGAUGAGCGUAGAUUAUAUGGAGCGGGAGAGAGAUCACUUUUCUCAAUUUAUAACAGAAGGUUUCACCUCAUACUGCAAGAGGAAGAGAAGAGAUAAGGUUUAUGGCAACAAUGUUGAGAUCCAAGCCAUGUCUGAAAUGUACAAUCGACCUAUUCAUAUAUACUCUUAUUCCACAGAGCCCAUCAAUACAUUUCAUGGAAGCUAUGACACUGAUACACCACCCGUACGCCUGAGUUAUCACCAUGGUAACCAUUACAACUCCCUUGUUGACCCACGGCGUCCAACAAUUGGUGCAGGACUUGGGUUCAGCUCACUUCGUGGGACAAAUGUUGACAAAGAUCAAGUCAAGGCUGCUAUUAAAGCUCAGCAAGACCAGCAACUCGAUAAUGCACUUUUAGCUGAGGGGCGGUUUUACUCUGAUCUUGAACUCACAGAGAAGGAAAUUGAACGAGCUGUGAUGGAAGCUUCUCGGGCUGAAUAUCUUGUUGGUGGUACAUUUAAGAAAAAACUUGGCAAUCGAGAAUCGUCUACGUCAACUGCUGAGCCAUCUUCUUCUGGAGCAAGAUCGUCAGGUAGUGAUCCCAAAACGGAACAGGGGAAAGAGAAUGAUUCUAUUCUUAGCAGUAGCAUACAUAUGUUACUAUCAAUGGGAUUUAGUUACCUACAAGCUAUUGAGGCAUACAGCAUAUUUGGGGAUGAUGUCGAUUCUAUGAUUUGUUACCUGUUGGAGACUGGCAGCAGUAGCAGACGGAAAGGCAAGGCUACUGAAUAACAUGAGAUCAAGUUAGUUAAAAGAAUUAUGGAACUUUUAGUUUUCAAUUGUCAUCCAAAUCAAAUAAAUCAAUAUCUUGUAUUUACUCUAGUAUAUUUUCGUAUCCCACGACUUUACUAAGUUGGUAGAAAAAUUGAGCAAAUAAUAAAGUUUAGUUUGCUAGUGUAAUUCAAAGUUUGUGGUAUAUAGUGAGAUUAUUGCGACA